AUGUCUUCAGGAACAGGCCCAAUUCCAGAUCGGGGCACUCCUCGCAAUGAAUGGGAUCGCCAACCCCCAACCCCCAUCUCCGUAGCGGACUGGGCUCAGGGACCAUUUGUCGAGCAGCCCAACGACACCUACUACAAUACCGGGGCAAGAGGCAAUGGAGUGGUGGUUCCAGGUCUACCGCCUUGGAUCGGUCAACAGGGGCUCAGCGGGCGCGAACGCUCAUGGAUACGUGAACCAAUUUUGCGAUCGGUCGAUUACGGUUACUUGGCAACACCGGGCGAGUUGGCCAGAAGAACUCAGCUCCGCGAGGCAAUCCUGGUUACCAGGGCUGGGCGACAGCCUCCUGUGGUGAGGAAUCACUGGAUGGAGACGCUAUCCAAAUCAGAAUUCGAAAUACAAUCGAUGAUGUCGGUCAGUAAAUCGCUGACGUCUACGACCGAACUAAAGACCACGCCGAACAGUCUCUCUCUAGAGUUUCGGGAGACUUUUCAAGAGAUUGCAGUCGUACAGAUUAGAGUGAGCUUCAUCUCCAAACUGGCUCAGCGAAAGAACAAGACCUUGACUGAAGCAACAGCGGAAAAGGUCACACUGUAUCAGACGAUCCAAGACAUCCAUUACAUGGUACGAAAUGAGAAGGCGACUGCGACUGACGUAUACGGGGAGGACGAGUUGAAGGCAUCCAGCUUGCUAUAUCGUUACUAA